UCCCGUUGCCUUCGCCUCGCCCUUUGCCAAUGGAUUGCUUCCAUUGUUUACCCUCCUCAAUCGUCACUUUUUAGAUUUACGUAUUUUUUUUUUAGUUUUAGUUUCCGUCGUUCCAAGUUUUUUUUAACUACUACACAGUUUAUAGUUUUGUUUACCGAUAUAUAUAUACCACACUUUUUAAUUUUUGUUUCCUACACUUUUUGCUAGGUAUAGUAAGUUUACCGGUUUUUUUAGUAUGGCUCCGAAGAAGAGAGAAAAAGAACUAGAUAAAAACCGAAUGGAUCACGCACAGGCUGAUCAUGAACUUUUCCUACAAGCAUUUGAAAAACCCACCCAGAUUUACAAAUAUUUAAGGAAUCGUAGUUUGUUUUCGCCGUUAUUUUUAGUCAGAACUUUAAGUUACAUGAGAGCAAAUCGUCCAAGACCUAAACGCCCAAAAAAGAAAUUAGAUAUUGAUUCAUUGCUAAACAAUGUUGAAAAUCAAGUUUAUGAAAAGAAAACAUUUAACAAACGAUACUUGACAAUAAGUUAUAUUGGAUAUUUUGAUGAUAAAAUGAACAAUACAAAUGGACCUGUUAAAAUUGAAACUACACUUGUCAAAAUAUGUCACAAAAAACGGAAAGAUGUCUGCCCAUAUACAAUGGUCUCUUUUGGUUUAUCAUCUGUUCCUGUUAACCCAACUUGUUCUCAAUUAACAUCACAAUCUCCGAUAGUGUCUAUUCCUGUUGAAUCAGUUAAUACUGCACUAGGACAUGUAUCCAAAUCACAUCAUUUAUUAGUAAGAGUUAUAAAUGUAAUUUCAAAUUCAGAUUCUGAAAAUACUGAGCCAAGUCAGAAAAAAAGAAGGAUGAGUAUUAAAGAGGGUAAUGGUAUUGUUAAAAAAGAGAUUGGUGCAAAUUUAAUUAUUCACGACAAACAAAAUAGAUGUUUACUUAAAGAUGGUGAUUAUGAUUGUCUUAUAGAAGAAAUUAGUGGCGAAAGUCCCAAUUUAACAACUGGAAAAUCGUGUUCAUGGGAACGCCUCAAAGAAGUAAGAGCUGGACCACAAUUUAGUGCAUUUGAAAGUCGUAAAAAGAUCAAGCUACGUUUAAAGUGGUCAACAGAACCUAAUAGUACUGCUGUCGUUUAUCCUCUUGUCGAUAAUAAAGAAAAUAAUUGGCCAACUAAUAUUUUUUUAGCAUCAAAUUCCAGAAGAAGUAGUAGUGUACAAAAUGCAAAUGGUUCUCUGGAUACUUCAUCCAAUAAGUUAAAAAUAGUUUACCAAUUCUUAUAUAACAAUAACAGUCGUCAACAGACUGAAGCUAGUGAAGAUUUACACUGCCCAUGGUGCACAUUGGAUUGUUUUACAUUAUAUGCAUUACUUAAGCAUUUGAAGCUAUGUCAUGCUCGGUUUACAUUUUCUUAUGUUCCAACAGGAUCUGGUGCACGAAUUGAUGUUGCAAUAAAUGAGCACUAUGAUGGUUGUUAUAUUGGUAGUCCACAAGAUUUAAUUGCACAACCACAAAGAGAUGAAUCCAAGAAUGUUGGUUAUCGUAUUACUAGAGUUGGUCCUGUUAGACGUGCAGUUGUAUCAAAAAUAGUAGUUUGCCACCCAAAACGACUCAGGCGUGCUUCGUUAUCUGAGUUUCUACAUGAACUUGAAGAUACUGAUGGAUAUGAUGGCCAAAGACCAUAUGUUACUGGACAUAAUAGAUUAUAUCAUCAUACAUCAACAUGUCUUCCUAUUUAUCCACGAGAAAUGGAUGUAGAUAGUGAAGAUGAAAGUGAUCCUAUAUGGUUGAGGAAAAAGACUGCAAUGAUGAUUGAUGAAUUUACUGACGUUAAUGAUGGGGAAAAAGAGCUCAUGAAAAUGUGGAAUUUGCAUGUUAUGAGAGAGGGGUAUGGAUUUGUUGGUGAUUGUCAAAUAUCAUUAGCUCUAAGCAUGUUUGUUGAAUCUAAGGGUAGAUAUAUCCUUAGGAAUAAUUUAUAUAGGAAUUUUAUGUUACACCUGUGCAACUUGUGUGAUUUACGUCUUAUAAGUCCAGUAACCUUCUAUACAACCAUACAAAAAUUACAAGAUAUUUUAGCAAUUGAUUCAGAAGCUAGUAAUGUAUUAUAUGAAUCUUUUGAAGCACAGCGAAAAUACUGGCGUGAGGAAGGUGCUAAAAAGGCAGAAGAUCGUACUGAAAUUAGAUGUUUGGUACAAAGUCCAUUGCAGUCAGAUAUUGGUACUAGGCGUAAGCCAGCUGGAUCAUUUUACCCAUUAAAGCUCCAAGAUAAAUUAAAAGGGAAAGUAAUCAAACAACAAAAUGGUCGUAAAGGAGGAAAUUCUACAAGACAAAAUCCUCCUGCCACUAAGAAUGCAAACAUUAUUGAAGAAAAGAAACUUGAUAGAAAAAGUGACAAAAAGGGAGGGUCUACAACUAGAUCUCAAUCUGCUGUGCGAACUGAUAAGCCAGAAAAACCAGUAGAAAAACGUAAUAGUACAUCUUUGAACGGUGAAGACCAUAAAAUAUCUGCAACUCUCACAGUGCGACGUAGGACUUUUCCUAUAUUGACUGAUAAGAAAAAACCAGUUCCUGAAAAAUUGCCGACAAAUGUGUCUGAAUCUGUAAGACGGAAGUAAAUAGGUAAUUAUUGUUGUGAUAAUUUUGACAAAAAAAUGUUUUGAAAUUUAACAAAUUUCCCAAUAUGUUUAAAAUGAGUUAUUCACUACUGUCAUAAAUACUCUAUAAGUUUAGAUACAAAGAGAACUAUAAGAUGUUCUUAUUUUUGUGAUCGUAAAGUUUGGUUUUAUUAUUUUUAAUCUUUGUACGGUGGACAGAAAAAUCUAAGGAUUUGGUCUUAUAAUUAAGAUUGUUAUAUCAUUUUCAUACUAGUUACACCAAAAAUGCUUUAAAAUAAUUGUUCCAUUCAAUAAAGGAAUCCUUAAAAUAUGUUAUUAUUACUUAUAAAUUAUAAACAUCAUUAUAAUAAAUUAUAAUCAUAAUAGAAUAUUUGAUGUUAUUUACUAUAUUAAUAAUAAUAUUUGUAUAAUAUUGUUUGUCAUAAUUGUAAUACUUCAGUUAGUAUUCGUAGAUAUGUAUUAUUGUUUUCGAACCAAGUAUAAUCAAACAAUGAAUCAUAAAUGAGAUAUUUUUUUUAAAUGAUACAUAGAUAAUAUAUAAAGUUUAGUCUCAUUUUUUUUUCCUCAAUCAAGUACAAUUCGUGUAUAAUUUGGAUGUUAUAGUGUAAUACUGAAUUAUUUACUGUUCGUAGUUUUGUAUUUUUAAUUUAUUUUAAAAUUACACUUGAUUAUAAUAAAUAUUACUUUAGAACUAAGGGAUUUGAUGUACAAUUACUAAACAAAUACAAAUAAAUCAAUUUUAAUACAUUUUUUGGGGGAUUUUGUGGAUAAAAUAUAUUUUAAAACUUUCUUAUAACUGAUGUUAUAUACACAUUUAGUACUGUAGCUACCAAAACAGGGUUAUUGUUCCACUGUACAUUGAUUAAAUAGUAAAUAUUUUUAAUAAUUGAAGUAAUUUUUAUUUACAUAAAAUAAAUUAUAACAAUUGUUAUAUUAAAUGAUAUACCAUUCAAAUUAAUAUAGGCUUUUUAAUAUUUGUAUUUAAUCUGUUUAUGAGUACAGUAUUCUUUGGUUAUGUGU